AUUUUGUAACGCUGACUGAAAACCACAUGCAUGCAAAAUUGCAAUGUAAAUAUCAUACACGAAAAAAAUCAUUCCGAGCUGCAUCAUGAUCAUCAGAAAAAGAAGAGUUUUUAUCAUCUUUGUGAUAGUAAUAUGGCUUCUUGGAAUACUUUAUUUUACAUCGGAUUCGGGACUUCUACGGAGCGAGCCGCCAAAGUAUGUUCAUGAAGAAGAGGGAGUGAACAGGCCACCUUUCAGUGCAGAAGCUUACCUGAAAGGAGGAGCACUAAAAGAUGGAGAAGACAAAUACAAUAGGAAUCAAUUUAAUCAAGCUGCCAGUGAUGCUAUUGGAGCAGAUAGAAGUGUUCCAGAUACUAGACACUCGCAAUGCAGGUAUGAAGAAUAUCCUAAAGAUCUUCCUGCAACUUCUGUUAUAAUAACAUUUCACAAUGAGGGAAGGUCCACACUUCUUAGAACUAUUACAAGUAUAUUAAAUAGAAGUCCUCCAAACCUAAUCAACGAAAUAAUUUUGGUAGAUGAUUAUAGUGACAAUGCUGAUGAUGGUGAGCUCUUGCUGGGUCUCCCAAAAGUAAAGGUUCUUAGAAAUGACAAGAGAGAAGGUUUAAUACGAUCCCGUGUGAAAGGAGCAAACUUUGCCUCAAGCAAAAUAUUAACUUUUCUUGAUAGUCACUGUGAGUGCAAUGUUGGCUGGUUAGAGCCAUUGUUAUAUAGAAUUGUGCAGGAUAAAACAGUAGUAGUGAGUCCAAUUAUUGAUGUAAUCAACAUGGAUGAUUUCAAUUAUCUUGGAGCUUCAGCAGACAUCAAGGGAGGGUUUGACUGGAGCCUUCAUUUCAAGUGGGACAGCUUAACACCAAAGGAAAAACAAGCAAGAAGAAGCCAGCCUGUCGCUCCUAUUAGGACGCCAAUGAUAGCCGGAGGUUUGUUUGUGGUAGAGAAGGCCUGGUUCGAGAAGCUAGGACAGUAUGACGUCAUGAUGGAUAUUUGGGGCGGAGAAAACUUUGAAAUUUCCUUCAGGACCUGGCAGUGUGGCGGCAGCAUGGAAAUCAUUCCUUGUUCAAGAGUGGGUCAUGUGUUUAGAAAAAGACACCCUUACUCAUUUCCAGAUGGAAACGCAAAUACUUACAUGAAGAAUACUCGUCGUACAGCUGAAGUAUGGAUGGACGAGUACAAGAGAUUUUAUUAUGCUGCUCGCCCGAUGGCAAGAGGUGCCAACUACGGCAGUAUAAAGGCAAGGAAAGAGCUGCGAGAGCGUCUUCAAUGCAAGUCAUUCAAGUGGUAUUUGGAGAACGUCUAUCCUGAACUUCAAGUUCCGGAGUCUCAAGAUAUAUCAUUCGGUGAACUGAAACAAGGAAAGAAAUGUCUGGAUACACUUGGUAGCCAAGCCGGUGGUACUGUCGGCAUGUUUGACUGUCACGGACAGGCAGGAAAUCAGGAAUGGGCUCUAACGAAAACCAACUUCGUCCGCCAUCGUGACAUGUGCUUGGCAUUAAAAGACUCCGCUCCUGGGAAGCCAGUAGCUAUAGAGGGCUGUCGAGACAACGACGACAAACAGUUGUGGGAGCACACACCUCAACGCACACUGCGUCACAAACAGUCAGGACUCUGCCUGGACAGCAAAGACGUCAAGAGCGGACAACACGUGACUAUCGACAACUGUGACAGCAAUAAGUACUCACAAAUAUGGCAAUUCUCGCUGAACAUGAAUAAUUAGAACUAAUUUAUUUAUUUCUUAGGAAGUGCUUUUUUUAAGAGACAGUAGAACUAAGAAGUGAUGAAUAUUUUAUAAAAAAAGAACACCUUUCGAUAAUUUUAUACUGCAAAUGGUGUGCUACUUUGAAACCAUUGCAAGAAACAAGUGACUUGCAUCAAUUUAGGAAACAUCUCGUAAGAAAACUUGCGCUAAAAUCCUUACUUUUAUAACUCGGUAGAGAAUCCAUUGUUUUGUAACCUGAUAGAAACACAAGACUAGCAUGAGCAGUUGACGCAAUGGUGACGUAACCAAACUACACAAGACAAUCAAAAUAAACCAAUGGUUUUAUCUUUCUCCCGGUGUUUUCUGGAAAGAAAAAUAGAAAGCAUUUUCUUUAAGGGACAGUUUCAUCUUUCUCCUCCACUCCAAAAAGAGUUAAAAAGGAGAUCGUUUUUAAAAUGGCUAUGUUUACACAGAAGUAUAUAUUUAUAGAACUUGUCUUGCAUUACUGCGCAACACAGCGAUAUUUAGCGAUAUGUCAGCUAGAAAGCUUUGCAACCUGGAUUUUAGUGUUUUUCCUUUUUAAUUUUACGAAAGAACGCCAUUUUUAUUUCCGAUCGUUUUGAUCAAUCAGCGUGCGUUGAAAAAUGGACCAAUAAAUAGAAAUAAUACAGUUUGAUUA